AUGGCCGUCCCGGGUUCUCAAAUUUCCAAGCGCAGAAAGUUCGUCGCUGACGGUGUCUUCUACGCCGAGCUGAACGAAUUCUUCCAGCGCGAGCUUGCCGAGGAGGGCUACUCCGGUGUCGAAGUGCGCGUCACUCCCACUGUCACCGAUAUCAUCAUCCGCGCCACCCACCCCAGGAGGUUCUCGGAGAGCAGGGCCGCCGCAUUCGUGAGCUCACCUCCCUCAUCCAGAAGCGCUUCAAGUUCCCCGAGAACUCGGUGUCCCUCUACGCGCGCCAAGGUCCAGAACCGUGGUCUGUCCGCCGUCGCCCAGUGCGAGUCCCUGCGCUACAAGCUCCUCAACGGUCUCGCCGUCCGUCGUGCCUGCUAUGGUGUCCUCCGUUUCAUCAUGGAGAGCGGCGCCAAGGGUUGCGAAGUCGUCGUUUCCGGUAAGCUACGUGCCGCCCGUGCCAAGUCCAUGAAGUUCACCGACGGCUUCAUGAUCCACUCCGGUCAGCCCGCCCGCGACUUCAUCGACAGCGCCACCCGUCACGUUCUCCUGCGCCAGGGUGUUCUCGGUAUCAAGGUUAAGAUCAUGCGCGGCUCCGACCCCGAGGGCAAGGCCGGUCCCUCCAAGUCUCUACCCGACGCCGUCACCAUCAUCGAGCCCAAGGAAGAGUCCAGCAUCGUGACGCCCAUGAGCCAAGACUAUGGCGCAAAGGCUGCCCAGAUCCAGGCUCAGGCCGAAGCUGCUCGCGCUGCCGAGGAGGAAGGCGGCGAGGAGGCUGCCCCUGCUGAGGAAUAA